GUGGUACCGCGUGCGCGUUCGCAGGCAUUUUCCAGGUGGCGGAGUGAGUUUUGUGGAAGUUUACGGGAGACGCUUUCGUUCGGCUCCCAACAUGUUGGUGCUAUUCGAGACCGCUGCCGGCUAUGCCAUUUUCAAAGUCCUGGACGAGAAGAAGCUUCAGCAGGUCGACAGUCUUUGGAAGGAGUUCGAAACGCCAGAAAAGGCUAAUAAAAUAGUUAAACUGAAACACUUUGAGAAGUUCCAGGACACCACAGAAGCUUUAGCAGCUGCAACAGCUCUGGUGGAGGGCAAACUCAGCAAGAACCUGAAGAAGGUGCUGAAGAAGAUCGUUGCCAAGGAGGCACAUGAGCAGCUGGCAAUCCAUGAUGCUAAACUUGGUGGAGUCAUCAAGGAAAAGUUGAACCUGACCUGUGUGCACAGCCCUGCUGUUGCAGAGUUGAUGAGAGGCAUAAGGAACCAGAUGGAGGGGCUCAUCACUGGGCUGCCUCCUCGGGAGUUUAGCGCCAUGUCCUUGGGCUUAGCGCACAGCCUCUCACGAUAUAAACUCAAGUUUAGCCCUGACAAAGUGGACACCAUGAUAGUUCAAGCUAUCUCUCUCCUCGAUGACUUGGACAAGGAGCUGAACAACUACAUUAUGCGCAGCAGGGAGUGGUAUGGCUGGCACUUCCCAGAACUGGGCAAGAUCAUCACCGACAACCUGGCCUACUGCAAAAGUGUCCGCAAGAUUGGUGACCGUACGAAUGUGGUGAACACUGACCUCUCAGACAUACUUCCCGAGGAGGUGGAAGCCGAGGUGAAAUUAGCAGCUGAGAUCUCAAUGGGGACAGAGGUGUCGGAACAGGACAUCAGGAACAUCCUGCAUCUGUGUGACCAGGUGAUUGAGAUCUCAGAGUACCGUGCCCAGCUGUACGACUACCUGAAAAAUCGUAUGAUGGCAAUCGCACCCAAUCUGACAGUGAUGGUGGGUGAGCUAGUGGGGGCACGAUUGAUCUCACAUGCAGGCUCUCUACUAAACCUGGCCAAACACCCAGCGUCAACGGUGCAGAUCCUGGGGGCUGAGAAGGCCCUGUUCAGGGCACUAAAAACCCGACGGGACACUCCGAAAUAUGGGCUUAUUUACCACGCCUCCCUUGUGGGCCAGACAACUGCCAAGAACAAGGGCAAGAUCUCCAGAAUGCUGGCAGCCAAAACCUCACUAGCUGUCCGAUAUGAUGCCCUCGGGGAAGACACAAAUGCCGAGAUGGGAGCAGAAAAUCGUGCCAAAUUGGAGGCCAGGCUGCGCCACCUUGAGGAGCGGGGGAUCAGACGCAUUAGUGGAGCUGGGAAAGCACUGGCCAGAGCAGACAAAUACCAGCACAAGAGCGAUAUUAAAGUGUACGACCCUUCUGGGGACUCAACACUCCCUUCUGCUUCCAAAAAGAGGAAGUUUGAGGAGGUAGAAGAUGAAGAGAAGCCAGUGGAAGUCAAGCUCAAAAAAGUAAAAAAAGAGCCUGAAGAAGCCGAUGCAGUGACAGAAGCAGAAACUCCCAAGAAGAAGAAGAAAAAGAAGGAAAAGCAAGAGGCUGAGGAGGAAAGGAUUGUAAAGGAGGAAGAGGAGGAGGAGAUGGAGAUUCUCAGUGCAGCAGCUGAGACAACAGAAAAGAAGAAAAAGAAGAAGAAAAAGAAGGUGAAAGAAGAGGAAGAGGAGGAUGAGGACUGAGAAUUGGACUUUUUUUUUUCUCUCUUUUCUUUUUCUACCAUUGCACAUGCCCAGAUUAGUUGGGGAGGAAUUUCAGAGGGUGCCAGCAUGAGUUCUGACUACAGGAGCAUAACAAGACUGCAACUACGAUCCAGGACUCAUUGAACAAUGCUUUUAUUAUUUAACAGGUAAAACUUUUUUUUUUUUUAGUAAACUGUUUUCAAAGAGGGGAAAAGCAAAUGUGACUGCUGAUUUUCAUAUAAUAGAAUAUCUGAAUUUUGCUCAGCUUUUGAUGUGAAGGUCAGUCAUUUCCCUGCUCAUUGUUCCAAGGUGUAGAGAAAUGUCUUUUGUUUAAUCAAAGCAAUUAUAUCUGAACAGCUGUUUGGAGAAUGCAUCUUUACCACAUAAGGCUUCUGGUACCCAGGCAUCUGUACUAUACUGAAUUAAAUGCAUUCAUUUUA